GUGCCUUUGUGCCUCCACUCUUGUUGCAUGUGGAUACUUCAGCUUGAUCGUGAAGGAACAGUCUUUUAUUCAACUGCUCCUCAAUGGAUAAAUUCACCAAUCAACACAGGUGACUGGGAUUGGUGUGACCAUUGGAAACAAUGUGUCUGGUUCCUUCCUGAGAAGGGUGCAUUCAUAUCCAAGGGACAAGAAGUGUUAUCGGAGGCUAUUCAUACUGAUACUAGUAUCUCAUAUAAUCCGAAAAUCCUAGUCCCAAGGACUGACACAAUACAGGAUGAUAAUAAAUUGGAGGAUUUUCAGCUCACACUACCACUCGAAGGAGUUGAAAUUUAUGGAGAUAGUAAUUGGAGACUGUCUAUGUUAACGGCCCUAAAAAAUGCUUUGCAGGGAAGAGAUAGCCCAUUUUGUGUUGUUGCAGAUGAUAGCAUUUUUCUAACACUUCUUGCUGCAAAUCUUUCAAAAACAUCACAUGUGAUAUCCUUGUUUCCUGGUCUGAGAGACGGGGGUGCGCAAUAUAUUGAAGCUGUUGAUCUAUGGAUUGGAGAACCAUACUAUUAUGGAAAUGAGGGAAUGCUUCCAUGGCAGAACCUGCGUUUUUGGAAGGAACGUACAAUGCUUGCUCCCAUCCUCUCAAAGGAUGUGUUGAUAAUGCCUUGUAAAGGAAUGCUGAAGGCAUGUGCUAUGUUUCUACCGGCUUUGAUGCACUCAGUAGUGAAUACUACUUUACGUGCGUGUGGUGAAUUACCGGCUCCAAAAGUGGGACCUUGUCUGCUCUUUCCUAUCUGGCAGUGUGGUGAGAUUAAGGAGCUCAGUGAGAUAUUUACUUUAUUGGAGUUUGGUUGCUCGAUCAAAACCAAUUAGUCCAUGUUAUGGACAAGUGCAGGUAUCAGUCUAAUUUUUUUAAUCUUCCGUUAAUUUGUUUGUUAAGUUUGUCUAAAUUUUUUAAUUUUUUGUUAAUUUGUUUAUUAAAUUUGUCUAAAUAUG